GACGUCUCGGAGGCACAGGUCGGCGAGGUGAGGAAGCAGGUCGACGACGUCACCCAGAAGCUGGGCCAGCGGUCGUUGGUGGACGCGGCCGCCAGCACCGGCGCGGCCAUCGUGAUCUUCAAAAGCCAGGCCACGCAGCGUGCAAUCCUGGAGCACUGGAACUUCCUGAACGACCCCGCCCGCAAGAUGCUGGCCGACCUGGACGAGUUGUGUUUCGGCUUACUUUCCAUGCUCAAGAUCUUCAAGAGCGGCCUGCCCAAAUUCAGGGGCGAGCGGGUGUCCGUGAAGCGCGCAGACAACCCCACCAACAUCAAGUGGGAGAACAUUGCUGUGUCUAAGUUUGAGAAG